AUGUCGGGGAAGAAUGCGAGCCGUGUCGAGCAUCGCCGUUGGGGCUGGCCGCGCCGCCCAGGGCUGGCCGCCGGGGAAGAAGUUGUGCCGGGCAGAGCACCUCCGCGGGGCCUGGCCGCCGGAGCUGGUAGAUGCCUGCUGGCCGCCGGGGCAGGGCCGCGCCGCCGGGCCGGUUGCCGUUGCUGGUCGCGCCGUCCGGAGGCCACCAGGGCAGGUCCUCCUUCUCGGCUGCGAGGCGACAAGGGCGCCUUCGGCUCCUACUCGGCGAGUCCAGUGGUGGCUCCAGCAGCUCGCGUCUCCUUGCCGCGCUCUAUUUCAUGUGCAACUGUUCAAGAUGCUGAUCGAGCUAUUCAACAAAAGAAUGGAUUUCCUGUUCCUGGUAGGAAAAUCAGAGUUAAGCUAGAAAUGAAUCAGUGCUCCACUGAAGGAAUAUUUGCAAAAGAAGGAGAAUAUGCAAUGCAAGUGAAGGACUCCGAUUUAAAAGAUGAGGCAAACGAGACUUCUGCUGGAAAGCAUAAGGGGAAAUCACAUAAAACAGAUCCAGGUUGUAAUUAUUUUCCAAUACUGAAGCAAGAUGUUAUGUUGAACCAGAGCAACCACAUUUGUUGUCAAAGGAUGCUAUGGUAUCAAAGGAAGAUCCCUUUGGCAACCCCGAAAAGGUGA